AUGGGAAUACGAUGGCCGUCGCGUCCUGUUCAAACGUCGAAUCACCGACGCGCCAACGUUUCCGCGAUCGUAACGCACGACGACGACGACGACGACGACGACGACGACGACGACAAAAACAGCUACGGGUACGAGAGCGAAAUCAACAGCGCCGACGACGACGAGCACAACGACAACGACAACGACAACGAAAAGUACAACGAAGAGGGCAACGACAACGACCCCGACCUGACACCGGCACCGACGAGACGUGGCGCUGUUCUCGAGAUUUCGAUCAAUCGAAACGAAUGGAAACCCGGAUCGGUCGAGCAGGAACGACCGAUAGAGAAACACGUACGCAAAGUCCGUGGUUCGAACGCGGAGCAGAAGGACAAUUCGCGCGAUAAACCGUGGGAACGACGAUAA